AUGAGAAAUGCCCUGCAGACGGGUAACGAGCAGCGGGUUGACUUGCCGGAAGAGUUACCCGUCCAUCUCACCUUUGCCUUCACGGCGAUUUUGCAUCUCCAUCCACAACUCACAGCAGAAAAGCAGUGCCUGCUAGCCCAGGAGGUGACACAAACCCGUGCCCUGCCAGGAGGAACCAGUAGCGCAGAAGAGCUCUGUGUCCGAGCCGUGCCAAGCGUUCAGAACUUCUCAGCCGCAGACCUUGUGUCACCGUUUUCCAAAAGCUCGGCCAAACCGGUGUACGUUGCUGCACGGCCUGAAGCUCAGCGGACGAAACCUUCCCUAGCACAUUAUUGUGAUACGGCAAAGGGCCCGGGCCUCCCCCUGGCAAAGCCGUGCCGCCGGCGUGCUGCCGCAGCGCUGCCGGCGGCCGGCCGGAGCGGCGGGCGGUAUUUAAGCGGGCGGUCGCGGAGGGGCGCGCAGCCGCCGGGGGUUUGGCGGGUUGCCGGCGGAGCAUGCAGGCCUUCGGGCCGCCCGCCGAGCCUCACCCUCCUCCUCACCCUCCUCCUCACCCUCCUCACCCCCAGGAGCUGCUGGACGUGGCGGUGCGCCCCGGCAUCUACCCACCGGGCCGGCCCCUGCCGACCCCCCCCCCAGCUGCCCGCCGCCAACCCCUACCUGUGGCUGGCCGGGCCCGCCGCCUCCUACCUGCCCGCCGGCCCCUUCCCGCCCUCGGGCUGCGCCUCCGCGCAGAGGCCGGCGUCGGGUUCCGCGGGUGCGGAGCGGGGCUGGCCGGGCUCGUCCCCUCCUCAGGAGUGUCCGCGGCCGGCCAGGCCUCCCUAUUCCUACUCGGCGCUGAUCGCCAUGGCCAUCCACAGCGCGCCGGGCCGGCGGCGGACCCUCAGCCAGAUCUACCAGUACGUGGCCGAAAACUUCCCCUUUUACAAGAAAAGCAAGGCGGGCUGGCAGAACUCCAUCCGCCACAACCUGUCCCUCAACGACUGCUUUAAGAAGGUCCCGCGGGACGAGGACGACCCGGGCAAAGGCAACUACUGGACCCUCGACCCCAACUGCGAGAAAAUGUUCGAUAACGGCAAUUUUAGGAGGAGGAGGAAGAGACGGGCCGAAGCCGAGGCGGGGGGGAGCGGAGGAGGGCUGCGGACCCCCCCCGGUGCCAAUUCCCCCCUCUACGGCCGCGCCGGGGCCCAGGCGUGACCGGAGCUCCCCGAGACUCGCUUAAGGCACCACAGAAGGAGCUGGUGGCCCGUGGUGCGGGUAGCCCGAUCCAGCCCGCGCUCUGCCCCACAGAGCAGGAGCCCCCCAUGCACCUGCCGGCUUCCCGGGGCACGUGCUGCUUGAAGCUGCCUUGGUAAAAACACCUCCGGGUUAUCCACGGCAUCCACACGUAUGUGCGAUUUCUGCAUUUUUUACGAAGCUUUGGAAAAAUGCAACAUGGCACUAAUGGACUGCAGCUGUGGCGGUUGUGCUUGGGCAUUUUAUGAAAUCCUUCAAAUGAGAGGGUUUGGGCCACCCCUACUUGCUGAUUAAUGCCCGGUGCCUGUUCCCUGCUUUUGCUUUCUGGUCAUUUUUUGAAGGUCCUUGAGUUUGAAGAAAACAAAACUGUGAAUUGUAUAAUCUGUUGCCUUUCUUUUCUGGCUCUCUGUCUCCUCCAGCCCACUCUUCCUCGCUUAUGACAAAAAUACAGCUUUCUUAAAUAAAAAGCUAAAAAUAUUACUGUUGUUGUUUACAAGAAAACAACCCCAAACAGAAACCUGUAUAAUGCAAAGGUUUUGUCUGUUAUAAUGAAACCAUAAAGCAAGUUUGACAAAAAAACCCAUAAACAAAAUGUCUAAGAACCUAAAACAUGUUGGGGAUGCAAUUCCCCGAUGGAGGGGAAGAAUCAGCUGUACAAGCAAAGUUUUUCCUGGCCCAAAUUGUGAUAAAGAGUAUUACAAAGUAUCUGGCUUACAAAUAUCCAACUUUAGUAGACCUGGAGUGAAGGAAAGAGCAAACCAAACUUGUCAGCCAAUAUCCUGUGAAGGUUUCUGUAGACAAAUUUCUUUUUUAUUAAUCUCCUCUUUGAAAAAAGCUUCAUACAAGAAAAAUCACUUUUUAUACAAGAAAAAAUCACUAUUCUGAAAUGGCUUUUAAAAUAUUUCAGACAGAAUCUCUUUGUUCAUGUUACUAUUUUCCAGGGCUAUCGAGUAAGAAGACAUUUAAAUUAUAACCCCUGUUUCCUUCUUAAAGUGGGUAGAAUCCUGUUCAAGGUUUCAAACUCUUGCUUCAGCAGGGUAACUGUUAGCUACAACAUUAAAGGGUGCAGGGAAAUUUAUUUUUGAAAUUAGUUGCAUUUUAAGCUGCUUUUUUCCAGGUGGCUGAGGGUUGUGGUGAGCAGGUGAUGUAGAGAGCGAAGAUGGGAGAUAGCCUUGUAUCAUUACCAAAAAAAAAAAAAAGGCUGUUGAUGAAUUUCUUGAUGAAAAAAAUAGCUAUGUGUUUCAGCUGGCAUUCAGUUUAAAAAGCUGCCUUUGGACUGCGACAUCCAUUUGCCGAGGAGCAGGCACACACUUUUAAAUAGGAAGGAUGGAGAAACUCUUGCCCUGGCAGAGCCAGAGGACCCUUCCCGAGACAUGGUGACGACACCGCCCUCAGAGCUGGGAAAGAAAUUAUUUCACUCAACCCACAUUUUCUUCUGCCUCAGGAUACAAAGUUCUGGAUCCAACCGUACGGGCUGAACUCCGUAUUUUCACCUCGAGACUAUUUGCCCUGGGACAGUAUGGCAUUGCAGGACCCUGAAAAUGCAGCAAAACACAAAGAGGAGGACCCCGGGUGGCUGCAGGUGCUUCGGGCUUUCCCAGCGUGGUCUUUGUUAGCAGCUUGGCUGGGUCCGGCGCUGGGGAAGUCCAUGGAGAGCUCAGUGAAAGGGCCAUGCUGCAUUGCCAGAACUUUUCUUCAGGGAGCGUUUAAGAUGAUGAUUCAAGGUAUACAUGGAGGCCAUCAUUUGUAUGUCUUUGUGUUUCUGUUGUACUCUAAUUCUAUUUUUGUGUCUUGGAAAGAAAAGGAGAAUUUUUAAAAUAAAUCAGUCUAAUUGGA